GGCUGCCUCCUGCACGGCCCACAAUGGGGAUCCAGCCCACAACCUGGGCAUGUGUCAGCGCUCAGCCUCUGAACCACGCCGGGCCGGGCAAGUUUCAUUUUCACUUGGUGACUUUAUCCCCCAUGCUAGCUGCGUCUGAGUCCCCGAAAGCCUGAUGAUGAAAGAGGCAGAGCUCAGUUCAGUAGCAAGAGGAGCUUUCGAUUCAUCACCAUCAAUCCCCGCGGGAUGGGCCGCCAUGGGGGAGAAUGGACACCCUCUUUAGGAAAAUACCCCCAGACGCAGAAUGACUCACAGCUUACCGAGUGGAGUACUGCACGUGGGUGCUUCCAAUUCUAAGUUCUGUGCUCCCAGGUGGUGUCUUAAAGAUCAAUUUGAUUGUAACGGUUCUCCUCUCUGCCCUCCCCGCCCCCACACGCCCGCCACUGACAGAGACUGAUGACUUAUCCCCGUGCCCCCACAGUGCCUGUCGUAUUACUUUUCUCAUGGCACAUUCUGAAUAAACGUGUUGUUGGAAUGCACUGCAUUGGAUUGAAGUGGGGCUUGGUUGGGUUCGGAAAGCCAGGGAGAGAAAGAAUGAAAAGGUCAUAGGUAGCUCUGCAGAUGGUGAUAAACAUCAGGUUAUCUGAGGGGUGCAAGGGAGUUUUAUCCAAGGCUCUAAUCACUUUCCCCUUUGGGCUACAGUUACACUAUAUUGCAGUUAUCUGUCUGGUUGAGACCACGUCUCAUCCGUGUUUAUAUUUCCAGAAAUACCCUGCCUGGCUGUGCCUUCUCAUUCGAAACCUGUUGAAUUACACUGGCUUUUCAGGUUCCCAGGGAAAAAGAUUGCGUGUCGUAUACCUCCCUGGUUUCCUACCCCUUCUCCUACGCUGUUUCUCUUGUUUUUAUCUUCAUCAGGUGUUUCUCAUCGGAUCUCUGACUACCCAGGCCGCUUCCACCAUGGCCAGCCGGGGCCGGGGUCGGGGCCGUGGCCAGUUGACCUUCAACAUGGAGGCUGUGGGCAUUGGGAAGGGGGAUGCUCUGCCCCCACCCACCCUGCAGCCUUCACCACUCUUCCCCCCCCUGGAGUUCCGCCCUGUGCCUCUGCCCUCAGGAGAGGAAGGGGAGUAUGUCCUGGCGCUGAAGCAGGAGCUGCGAGGGGCCAUGAGGCAGCUCCCCUACUUCAUCCGGCCAGCGGUCCCCAAGAGAGAUGUGGAGCGUUACUCAGACAAAUAUCAGAUGUCAGGGCCGAUUGACAGUGCCAUCGACUGGAACCCUGAUUGGCGACGUCUACCCCGGGAGCUAAGGAUCCGAGUGCGGAAGCUACAGAAGGAGAGGACCACCAUUCUACUUCCCAAGAGACCCCCCAAGACCACAGAAGAUAAAGAGGAAACGAUACAGAAACUAGAGGUAGGAGGAAAUGUGCAUGGAGACCACCUGAGCCCCAGGUCCAUGCCCUCCUUUUCGGCCCAUGUGUGCCUCACUUUUUCCCUUCUGUGGGCUGAGUCUGAGUUUGUCUUCCUAUUCAUCUUCACGUAAGACCCCGGAGAAGGCCCUAGCCGGUGUGGCUCAGUUGGUUGGGCGCUGAC